AUGUUGACUGAACUCCACAAAGAAGGAAUUAUUGCUAAAGGUAUCCACGCUAUCGGCCACAGCUUGGGUGCCCAAAUACUGGGCUAUGUUGGACAUCAUUUCAUUAAAUUGACUAAUGGUCAGAAAAUUGCUAGAAUUACAGCAUUAGACCCAGCUGGCCCUUGUUUCUCAGACCGUCCGAAGGAGGAGCAGAUCAGAGCUGGUGCGGCGGAUUAUGUUGAAGUUUAUCAUUGUGACGAUGGUUUUUUAGGUACGAAGAGUAGAUUUGGUGAUAUAGACUUCUAUAUGAACAAAGGGUUCGAGCAACCACAGUGUGAGUUAUCAUUUUGGAAAAACCUUUGGAUUCUUAAACCGAAAAUAUGCAGCCACAAGGUUUGUGUGGCCGCGUGGAUGUCUACAGUUACCCAUCGCGAAAGAUUCCCAGCUACACAGUGUGACUCAUAUGAAUCGUUUAAACAAGGGAAGUGCUCUCAGAACAGCAAGACCAUUGCGGGCUUCUCCAAUCCUGGUACUGCGAAAGGAACUUAUUACUUCUCGACCAAAGAAUACGAAAAGUUUUAA